UUGAGACGGAAGGCCUAGGAGGCUCAGAAGAGGACUUUAGAGGCUGGACCUUGGGUGUGAGGAAAGCCUGGACAGCCUAGCCAUAUCCCAAACCACGACAACUCCACGACUCCAAAUCGAGACGGUGAGGGCUGCCGUCGCUGAAGAUGUCCGACAGCGUGGAGAGUGAAGAGAAACCCCCCGCCCCGCCGUUGAGAAUGAACAGCAACAACCGCGACUCCUCAGCGCUCAACCACGGCUCCAAACCGCUUCCCAUGGCCCCCGAGGAGAAGAAUAAGAAAGCCAGGCUGCGUUCCAUCUUCCCGGGAGGAGGGGACAAAACUAAUAAGAAGAAAGAGAAAGAGCGUCCGGAGAUCUCUCUUCCUUCAGACUUUGAACACACGAUUCAUGUGGGGUUUGACGCAGUUACCGGGGAAUUCACUCCAGAUCUCUAUGGCUCACAGAUGUGCACAGGGAAGCUCCCAGAGGGGAUUCCUGAACAAUGGGCCAGGCUGCUACAAACCUCCAACAUAACCAAACUUGAACAGAAGAAGAACCCGCAGGCCGUUCUGGAUGUCCUCAAGUUUUAUGAUUCCAAAGAGACGGUUAACAAUCAGAAAUACAUGAGCUUUACUUCAGGAGAUAAAAGCGCACAUGGAUACAUAGCAGCCCAUCCCUCGAGCACAAAAACUGCAUCAGAACCUCCCCUGGCUCCGCCUGUUUCAGAAGAAGAAGAUGAAGACGAAGAAGAAGAAGAGGAUGACAAUGAGCCACCUCCCGUUAUUGCACCAAGACCCGAACAUACAAAAUCGAUCUACACACGUUCGGUAAUUGAACCCAUUGCUACACCAACACCCUCUAAAGAGGCCUCGACCGUCAUGCCCGAAAACUCCAGCCAGAGCACUUUGUACAGGACAACUGACCGGCAGCGCAAGAAAUCCAAGAUGACGGAUGAGGAAAUCCUGGAGAAACUGAGAAGCAUUGUAAGUGUUGGUGAUCCUAAGAAGAAAUAUACACGAUUUGAAAAAAUUGGCCAAGGGGCGUCAGGUACUGUUUAUACGGCAAUAGAUAUCGCCACCGGACAGGAGGUGGCCAUAAAGCAAAUGAACCUCCAACAGCAGCCGAAAAAGGAAUUAAUUAUUAAUGAAAUUCUGGUCAUGAGGGAAAAUAAGAACCCCAAUAUCGUUAAUUACUUAGAUAGCUACUUAGUGGGCGACGAACUUUGGGUGGUAAUGGAAUACUUAGCCGGGGGCUCCUUGACGGACGUCGUCACAGAGACCUGCAUGGAUGAGGGACAGAUCGCAUCUGUCUGUCGAGAGUGCCUCCAAGCCUUGGAUUUCUUGCAUUCAAAUCAAGUGAUCCAUAGAGACAUCAAGAGUGACAACAUUCUGCUCGGAAUGGAUGGAUCUGUUAAACUGACCGAUUUUGGGUUUUGCGCCCAGAUCACCCCUGAGCAGAGUAAACGGAGCACAAUGGUGGGGACUCCGUACUGGAUGGCACCCGAAGUGGUGACAAGGAAAGCGUAUGGACCCAAAGUGGACAUCUGGUCGCUGGGGAUCAUGGCCAUAGAAAUGGUGGAAGGAGAGCCCCCGUACCUCAACGAAAACCCGCUCAGGGCUCUGUAUCUGAUAGCGACCAACGGCACCCCCGAACUUCAAAAUCCGGAGCGACUGUCGGCCGUAUUCCGAGACUUCCUUAAUCGCUGUCUCGAGAUGGACGUGGACAGGCGAGGCUCUGCCAAGGAGCUCUUACAGCAUUCAUUUUUAAAAUUAGCCAAGCCUCUCUCCAGCCUGACUCCUCUGAUCAUUGCAGCCAAGGAGGCGAUUAAGAACAGCAGCCGCUAGCACUGGGGGCCCGCCCCCCCUCCCACCCCACUCCCCCAUGCCAGUUCCCUCGGGAGCAGGACUGGAAAAAAAAAAAAAAAGAAAAACUCUCAAACCUCAACUCCUGUGCUGCCGGCCGGCCGGACCAAAAAGACAGACCGUCGUCGACAGGCCUAAAGGGUGGGGCGGAAUCGGCUCUCCUAGGAAUAGCAACUUCCCAUGAGUCUUUCUCCCUGCUCCUCAGAUCACUUAACUUAUUCUCCCAGCCGGAACACAGCCCGAAAGGAGGACAGCGAACACGGACGUGGCUUCCUCGGGGCCGUUUCCCACACGAAGCAAGAGGACUUCCUCGCAGUGAACAAACAUUUCGCGCAUUCACUUUUAAAACGGUGGGCUCUUAGAGGUGCACAGUCCCUUCUCUGAAUGUUUUGGUUGGCUUCGGAGUUGGAGAAGGGGGUAGGGUGGCAGGGGAGAGGACCUUCCUGGGUUCAGGGACGACCUCGAAACCUCCUCCACGUAGUACGUUCAUUCUUUUAGAAGGCCAGGAAGAAAGGACUAGUUAGAAUGAGGGCAGCGGGGGGACCCAGCCUCCUGUUGAAGCAGCAGGCCUCCAAUAUCUCCCUCCCAUUUUGAGCCUCCUUCCGUAGUGGCAGCUUGAGUUGUGCAACUCUUUCUUUUCCUUGGAAAAGUUUAUUUUAAGGAAUAAAAAAUACAGUAAAAAGAUGGAUGAGUUUCCGCAGAAAGGUAUUUUUUGUUGGUUUUUUUUUUAAGUUGAUGCUUUGACGGUAUCCCAGCACAUUUUUUCACCCCAGGAGAGUUUACCCGGCAGUCUGUGUAAGCUUGCAUUUGGACUACUGGAAAGGCGCGAGUGGAAAUAACAUUUCUAGAGAGCCGCUCCCAACCCAGGGGAACCUGCAGGGAGAGAUGGGGGUUUUUUUUAGGGCAGAGAGACCUGAGGGCAAUAAGGUGAACGAAGAUGAAAUUGCCUGCUUUCGGAUCUUCAUGCGGUACGCGUAUAUUGAGGGAAGAAGAAACUUCUCAAAGAUUAUCGAGCCAGGGAGUGAUCUUUUUAACAUGAGAUGAAGGUUGUUCAAUUUGACCAUUUGUACUUUUUAAUGAUAAAGUGAUCUGCAGGUGACAGUCGUGAUUAGCCUGUACUCAGAAAAUCUGUUUUUGUAGAAUAUUUGCUGCAGUAUUUUCAGUUUUAAAAAUGGGUGGACAGCGGAAUGUGUUCCAACAGCGCUUGACUAAGGCUUCUGCUAGAGUCCAUCCUGUGACCUUUCUGAUGCUAUUGCAGGUAAAGAUUUUUUUCAGAUUCAGCUUGGUGGUGUUUGAAUACCAGCUCCAUCUUCCAACCAGCUCCUCUCCCUCAUCCCCUCCCCUCAAUGUGGUUCCCAAAAUAUACCUAGUUUGGGUUUGUCUGAGACCCACUGGGGAAAUACUGAGUAUUUUUGGUUUUUGUGGUUGGGUUUGGAAUACACAGUUAAGGAUUUACGCUGACGAAAAGGAAAAAAAAAAGAUUCGGAGAAUUUCUGAGAACAGUAUAUUGCUUCUCUUUUUGAGUUAACUGUCUAAUUGUUAGGACCUAGAAGAUAGCAUUUGGAGUCCUUGAAAACCUGUUGAUUUGUAAUUUGUCGUGUAUUCAGUGGGGCAUUGUCUUCAUGCGAUGGUGAGAAGUCAAGGGGAAAGUGAUUGUUUCUAUUUCCAUGUAUUGCUUUCUCUCUGCUGAAAAUGCAGCAAGCUGACCCAUGUAAGAUAGCACUUUCUCUGGAGAGUUUCUGUCCAACGUACAAUGGUACUCCCCUUUGUUUAGGCAGUUACAUUAUUUGAUUUCCUGCUAUCCUAUUUGUUGUCUUCAGCCGUGACAUUGGUGUGUUUUUGUUGUUGGUUUUUUACACCCCCUUCCCAGGUGAUCUCUGAAAAGGGAUCAUGGAAAAAGAAAAUCUAAAGGUCAUCUCACUCUGGCGUGAUGGGAUGGAAAAUUAAUUGGGGCCAGUGUUCUCAAUGCAACUGCUUUUUCAUAAGAGGCCUUAAUUUGUAUUUUCUUUUUUUAACAGUUUAUUCUGUUUUGCAGUAGUAAAUGCUAGGAUGCUGACCUAUCUCAGUAAGUAAUCCUCCACCCCAACCAAAUGGCACCCAAUAGUGGAAUCUAGCUGACUCCGAAAUGGAGGAGCCGCAUCUCCGAGGUGUUUCCUUGGAGAGGGGGAAGGAGUAAUCUUGGGCCCUGGGCCCCAGGCCUGCUCCUGAACCUUAUUUUCUUAUUGGUGUGAUGUUUUCUGCGUAUCUGAGCAGAUCACGCGAAAGCAUCCCGGAGCAUCUUUGCCUCUGCAAAAAAAGUCAUCUUAUGCAGCCUAUUGUAAAUCUUUGGGGCCGGCCUCUGGCAGUCACCCCAAUUCCAAAGACCCGUCCCAGGGUUGGAGAGUUACAGGGGUAUCAUUUUAAGAAGUGGAAAAUUUUUCCUCGCAUCACCUAAUAAUUUGUUUUCUAACCCUGUAGGUAUCUCCUCCCUCACCCCAACCCACAGGUCAGAAUUGCAAAGUCUUUACGUCACUCCAAAGCUCUAGGCUGGUGAGGGGGUGUGAACACUGAGCCAGAAGCGCUGGAUAGUACUUGUUGAGCGCUUCCUACUCUGCAGAGCAGUAACAAGCAGCGCAGCCAAGAGAUGAGUUAGAAGCACAGUAAAAGCGAUUUGGGAAAACACAGGUACCAUUUUAGUAAGGAUCCAGGGAAAGGUCCCGGGGCGGCUGGAUUUCUGGAACUUCCGAGGCCAUCGGGUUGGUCGCCGCGCCCAGGGAACGUUUGAAACGUCCCCUGUUUUGUCUGUCUGCUACUGUAAAUACAUUUGCAUCUCCCGUUACUGGACAUCCAUUUGGCUACUGGAUAGCCAAAUCUUUUUUGCAGGGUAACUCAAGUAUGCAUUCCUCUUCUCUUAUGGGGUCCACGUUUCUUUCAGGCUGGGGAAUUUCAGAGCCUCAUUUUUGUUCCCGUCAGCCGGCCCCCAUGCCUCGCCCUCCCCCAGAAGCACAGUCAGCUACUCAAAGGCAAGGAAAACUGGCAUGACUUCCCGUCUGCCAGAGAGUGUUUCUUUCCGAGAACUUGGAACUAUUUUUGUGUACAGAAAGACUAUUUCUCAAUUCAGCGAGCAUGCAACUAAUCCUAUUCCUUUGCUCCGCGGAUUGUCAAGCGAGUAGGCUGGUAGUCCAAGCGAAAUCACAGAAUCACCGGAUAGAAACAUGGAAAAUGAAGGCAGAAGUCAAGCCUGUCUGGCUAGAACACAGAACAGCUGGACGAGAAACUGUUGGUAGAGGUGCAGUGAGCUUCCUAGCCUGGGUGCUGAAGGUAAAUUCAUACACACACACACACACAUCAGCUCCUCUCUCUCUCUCUCUCUUCCUCCCAUCAAAAGACAGCUGGGGAGAGGCUGCUCACAAAUUGAGCAGCAACCCCUUUCAAGCACUUUCUUUUCAGGCCCUCGAAGUUGGUAGAAAGUGUCGGCCAGCACCCGUGCCUGGUGUGACCUAGCCAAGGUGGCCCCUGCAUCUUUUACUAGUGUCCUUACGUUUGAGCUUUGGAGGGCAGCAGGGCCCUUAGAAAAAAAAAUGUUUGGGUCACCACCCCUGCUCCUUGGCCUGUUCCAGUUCCCAUCUACGGGCUCGUGGUCCUAAAUACGCACCAGACGAGCGGUUCAAGAAGCCCCGUAGCUCUACCGGGUGAGGAAAUGUGACAGAAAUCUGGGUGGGUGGAGGGUGAGUCCAUUCCCACUCUCUCUUGUGGGUGUUCACGUCAUUCGUCCCAAGCUUUCACAUGGACAGUAACGGUUCUGAUCCACAGGUUAAGGGCAGUUCCCUCAACAGCCACCCACUGUGUACAGUCGCCGAUGCCCCCGUCACCUCCGCUCCGAUGUGGUGCUUUACAGAUCACGCUGGGGAAAUCGGGGCUCAGGUUUUCAGCGUCUGAGCCUUCUGCCGUUGAUGACUGCUGAGAUUCAGGCCCAGGUAGUAAAGGCAAAAUGCGAAUGGAGUUGCUAGAGACGACACCACGAUAGCAGCAUUCAGCAGUGUUGUCGGGGGCUGGGGGGAAGGAUGCAGGACCAAAAGAUAAAUAUCCAGAUGAAAAGAGCGUGUGACAGCCAGCUCGGCUUGGAAUGACCCUCCUUGUGACUAGUAACCAUGUGGGAUUACUGUAUGCUUAUGGUAUUUUAUGGACGCACAAACGCACACACAAACCGCUGAGGUUUUGCACUAUAUCCUGGAAGCAUUAAUGAUUUCAGUGAACCUCAGUGCAAUCCCCAGUUCAGUUGAAAGUAACCUGUCCUGGGGUCUUCUGAAUUCCCCUUGGGGUAUCUGGAUGAAAACAAAACCCAGAGUAGGAGUCUUAAUUUUCAUUUUUUUUUUAAAUCAGAGCUGCAUCUCAUUUUGCUGGACAUUCCUUUUUUUUUAGGAUGUGUUAUCUGUAAAAACCGUGUGGUGAAAUUCUCCUGUAACUUUGGAUUAAAAGGUACCUAUGGUUUAAAAAAAUAAUAAGUUAUUUUCUUUUAAUGCUGACGGCCUGGCUCCAUCUUGAUGACCUCGGCAUCCUUUUUUUUUUUGGAAAGAGAAUUUUUUUUGUUUCCAAUAUUAAGUUAUUUUAAAUUGUGGUUGAAGCAAUAGAAAAUUGAAAUAUGGAUUGUGCAUGACCGUGUCUUGAGUGUAAAAAAUAUUGCAGUUUGAAACUUGGACCUAAAGUAUUGAGAAUAAAAGUGAAAUACCAUCGAA